AUGGCAGACGAAGGUCAGACAGCACUCGUGCAGCAAAAUGCUACUAAGAUUCUACAAAAUGGUUCCAGGAGCAGAGAGAGAAGCGAGAUCAUCGAGAUCGAAGUCGCUCCAGAGAUGACCGUCACACCAAGCAAUUUGCACCCAGCAAAGAAGCCAAAUGCCAAGUGCAAGUUUUGCCAGAGGGCAAGCAAAGUUUGCAAAGCUGCCGCUGCCCCGAAAAAGGGCAAAGAGGAGGCUCGGAGUGAAGCCGCGCCUUCAGAUACGUCAACAUCAAUGUGGCUGAUUUUGCAGGAAGCAGACGACGAAGAGGAUUACUCUCGCCGUACCUUCAACUGCAGUCCAAUCCUAAAGGAUCAAAUCCUGGGCUCCAGCUACUUCAAGAGCAUGCUGCAGCUCACCACCAUAGACGAGAUCAUUGAAGAGAUCAAGAAUUACGCUGAUACAUUGGACGUAUACAAUUCGGGAAGCAGCACUUCACCCUCCAACUUUGUUUGUCAGGUGUACCGCAUCUUCACGCUUCCUGAAGCAGAAGACCUGUCCCAACUGCAGGUGAUUCUGGAGAACCCGACACCCAUUGUGCGUUGUGCUGGAUUUGUCUACUUGCGCUUUGUGGUUCCAGCUGCUAAGCUUUUUGAGAAGUUCGAAGAGUAUCUCUUUGAUGAAAUGGAGUUGAAAUACCAGGAUGCAGGUCGGACGGUGACGACCACCAUUGGUGAUUACGUUGAGGGCCUUCUGGGGAAGGAAAAGUAUUUCAACCGACCGCUGCCUCGAGUUCCCGUGAAGGUGAAGCAGCAAUUGGAAAGGGAGCUAGCGCCAAUCAGUCAAUAUCGAAAGCGCAUGGAGGCCCAUAUGAAACAUAACAUCAAGAAGAUCGCCGGCACCCCCGUGGAGGUCUUCCACGAUGGACAGUGGGUCCCUGGCACUGCCCAAGAUUUCACAGGCAAGCACGUGAAGGGGCGCAAGGUCAGAGUGGAACUCGACAAUGGACAAGAGGUGAAUGUUCACAUGGGCAAGGUGCCUCGCCGUAUGUUGUCGUCAGUCGAAGAAGAGGUCGAUUCUUCGAGAUGCAUGCUCAUUGGACAAACCCACCGAGAGAGCAAGGCGGCAAGACAUGGCAGUAGUGAAGACUGA